GCUCCCUCAGCGAGGACACAAGGGGACCAGCCAAGAGGGAGAGAAGCAACUCCAGACGCCCCUGGAAAUAACCCUCAGCUGCCACACCCCCAGACAAGCAGUCAGGCAGGUUCUCUCCCUCUCACACACACUGCCUCAGGGCUCCACCGGCUCCCUCUGGAAAGGACACCAUGAGCACUGAAAGCAUGAUCCGCGACGUGGAGCUGGCCGAGGAGGUGCUCCCCAAGAAGGCAGGGGGGCCCCAGGGCCCCAGGCAGUGCUGGUGCCUCAGCCUCUUCUCCUUCCUGCUUGUGGCAGGAGCCACCACGCUCUUCUGCCUGCUGCACUUCGGGGUGAUCGGCCCCCAGAGGGAAGAGUUACCAAAUGGCCUCCAUCUAAUCAACCCUCUGGCCCAGACACUCAGAUCAUCUUCUCGAAUCCCGAGUGACAAGCCUGUAGCCCACGUUGUAGCAAACCCCCAAGCUGAGGGGCAGCUCCAGUGGCUGAACCGGUGUGCCAAUGCCCUCCUGGCCAAUGGUGUGGAGAUGACAGACAACCAACUGGUGGUGCCAUCAGAUGGGCUGUACCUCAUCUACUCCCAGGUCCUCUUCAAGGGACAAGGCUGCCCCUCCACUCACGUGCUCCUCACCCACACCAUCAGCCGCAUUGCUGUUUCCUACCAGAGCAAGGUCAACCUCCUCUCUGCCAUCAAGAGUCCUUGCCAGAGGGAGACCCCAGAGGGGGCUGAAGCCAAGCCAUGGUAUGAGCCCAUCUACCUGGGAGGGGUCUUCCAGCUGGAGAAGGGUGAUCGACUCAGUGCCGAGACCAAUCUGCCCAACUAUCUUGACUUUGCCGAGUCCGGGCAGGUCUACUUUGGGAUCAUUGCCCUGUGAGGAGGAUGGACA